AUGUCCCCUUAUAGAAUUGUCUUUGGCAAGGCAUGCCACCUUCUGGUGGAAAUUGAGCACAAAGCAUAUUGGGCAGUUAAGAACUGCAACCUUGAUAUGAGUCAGUCCGAACUUCACAGGAAGUUCCAACUUCAGGAGUUAGAAGAGAUUCGGUUGGAAGCCAAUGAGAACUCCCGCAUGUACAAAGAAAAGACAAAACUCAUUCAUGAUAAGAUGUUGCUGCGGAAGGAAUUCUCCAUAGGCCAAAAAGUGCUUCUCUACAAAUCUCGCCUCAAGCUGUUUUCUAGUAAGCUUCGUUCUAGGUGGCUUGGCUCCUAUAUAGUAACUAAGAUUUUUCCAUAUGGUGCUGUACAGAUUUUGGAGCCUGGAACAGAUAAAGUAUUCACAAUGAAUGACCACCACUUGAAGCCUUUUCAUGAGGACACACCCUUGGAGACCAUUGAGGAGGUCCGCUUGCUAGCAGCCACUUACACUUGA